CUUUCCAGGAAGGGUGUUUAAAAUGCCGGCAUGAUUUAUUAACGUGGUCUCACUGAACUCAUUUCGGUCUUAUUUCAGUCAGUCGGUCACUUUGUCGGAGCCUCUUAACACCUGUUGAACUCUUUUUUUUUUUUUUUGGACGUAUUCCACACAUCGCGUGCAAUUUAAAGAACCAUCCUAUUUUCAACUAUUUAUAUUUUACUUCGAUGAUUUGCGAUGGCGCUUUUGCUGGAUCAGCAGUUUGCGCCGCUGCCUGACACCAACGAGAUCGCCACGAAAACAUUUCUGGAGUCAGUUUCUCAUCUGCCACCUUUUUUCGAUUGCCUUGGUUCCAAGGUUUUUGCACCGAUUAAGGCUGACAUAAAUGGAAACAUCACAAAAAUCAAAGCUGUCUACGACUCAGAUCCAGCGAAGUAUGAGACUCUUCAACAGAUUCUGUUAUCUGAGAAAAGCGCCUAUGGCUCAGAGUGGCCCAAAGUUGGAGCCACACUGGCGCUUAUGUGGUUAAAAAGAGGCCUGCGGUUCAUUCAGAUUUUACUGCAGAGUCUAGCAGACGGGGAAAGAGAUGAGCAAAAUCCCAAUCUUAUUCGCAUCAAUAUCACUAAAGCCUAUGACCAAGCUCUCAAGAGGUACCACGGCUGGAUAGUCCAAAAGGUUUUCAAGGCUGCACUAUUCGCUGCACCAUGCCGGUCCGAUUUUCUUAAAGCUUUAUCCAAGGAUCGAGAAGUUGCGGAGGAGGACUGCCUGGCAAAAAUUCGUCAAUUCUUGCUAAACUUCACAGCAACUGUGGAUGCCAUUUAUGAAAUGUAUACCGUAAUGAAUGCCGAGCUGGACUACUUAGCUUGAAACGUCCUAAAAAAGGUCAGUUUCCGAAGCUAUCUUUCAUUGUGUGCAGUUUUUACGUACCGUAUGACAUGAGGACACAGACUCUGUUGUAUGACAGUAGUUGUUUAAGCUUGUAUGAAUGUAGCAUUCAUUUUCUAGCGUUUAGUGUGGAUGAGGAUGCUUUAUCUCCAUUGUUCAAAUAAGAAAUGAUUAUGAUUAUUAAGGGUUAUGUUUUGCUGUAAAGACCCAGGAGUGUUUUUCUGACUGCAGUAAUGCACACUAUAUAAACAGCUCCUUUCCUUAGUGCAGGACAGGGCUGUCAAAAAGACUGAAAAACUAAAUUAGAAUUUUCUACUUUUUCGGUUGGGGAAGGUUUUUGGCUCCACAAGAGGGCACACCGUCAUCGAGCAAAAUAUUAGCAUGAUAAAAUAAUCUUUUUAUUUUUACGUCACUGUGUUUUUGACAGCCCUAUCGCAGGAGUUCUGAAGUCUGGUCUUCGAGAUCCGCUUUCCUGCAGAGAUUAGCGCCAGCCUUAAACACACCUAGCCGCAACGUAUUAUAACGUACUAAUAACAAAGACCUUGGGUGACCUUUUGCUUAAAGACCGAUUGGUGUACCACAUCAAAGUACCGCGUCGUACGCCACUGAUGUCAAACGCCUGCUGAUUAGCUUGUUCAGGUGUUUCUAACUAGGGUUAGAAAGCUAAAUUGUGGAGGAAAGUGGAGGUCCAGAGUUGUUAUUGUGUGCAUUUUAAACCUUGUGUGAGUGUUUUGUAAUUGACCUUUGUGGUUUUAAUAAUUUAUCAUACCGAAGCAUUUCAUCGUGCAGUAUAGAUUUACGCAAAUUGGGUUUUUUUUUGUUUUCUUUUUUUAAAGUUGAAAAGUGAAUUGUACGAUUCCAUUUGUACUGUCACAAUAAAGGGGACAAUCACAGCAACAUUUAUGUUAUGAGAUUGUAAUCGUCCUUCUGGCUGGUAUUUUGAUUUUCAUAUGGAAAAUGUCACCACUGUUUGUCUUUCAUGCUGUAUCGAGGAUUGCCAAAAGUUACUCUGAUCAUCGUUCUGAGAGAAAACUGGACAAUGCGGUGUAGUUUUUCAUCUUUUCUAUGGAAGCAGAUUGCAGAGACGCCGUGUGGUAAAUCUAUUAAUAAUGUCACCAAUUAAACCAACUGACUGUCACUCAAUAAAAAAAUCA